AUGAAGGUGAACGGUCAAAAGGUUAAGGAAGUGAAAAUACAGGAGGAACUGCCCGAAUCCCGGCAAGCCUUCAGGAAUCUCUUCAACUGCUUCUAUGCCUUGGGUAUGCAGGCUCCGGAUGGCAGUCGUCCGACGAGGAGCACCACCUGGAGGCGAAUCUAUCGCUGCUUCUCGGUGGUCAUGUAUGUGUGGCAAUUGCUGUUGGUGCCCACCUGCUUUGUGAUCAGCUAUCGGUAUAUGGGAGGAAUGGAGAUCACCCAGGUGCUGACCUCCGCUCAGGUGGCCAUCGAUGCGGUCAUCCUGCCGGCCAAGAUUGUGGCCUUGGCCUGGAAUCUACCAUUGCUGCGGAGGGCGGAGCACCACCUGGCCUCCUUGGAUGCGAGGUGCCGGGAUCGGGAGGAGUUCCAGCUGAUCAUUGAGGGGGUGAGGUUUUGCAAUCGCCUGGUCUGGUUCUACCAGAUCUGCUAUGCCAUCUACUCCUCCUCGACCUUUGUGUGCGCCUUUCUCCUGGGCCAGCCGCCAUAUGCCCUUUACUUACCUGGCCUGGACUGGCAGCGUUCCCAGUUGCAGUUCUGCAUUCAGGCCUGGAUCGAGUUCAUCAUCAUGAACUGGACGUGCCUGCAUCAGGCCAGCGAUGAUGUCUAUGCCGUAAUCUAUCUGUAUGUGGUGCGAAUCCAAGUGCAAUUGCUGGCCAGAAGGGUGGAGAGAUUGGGCCGGGAUGCCAAGCUGGGGCAGAUGGAGAUCUUUCCCGACGAGCGGCGACAGGAGGAGAACUGUGAGGAGCUGCAGCGUUGCAUUCUGGAUCACCAGACGGUGCUCCAGCUGCUGGGCUGCGUCAGCCCUGUGAUCUCGAGGACCAUAUUCGUCCAGUUCCUGAUCACCGCCGCCAUCAUGGGCACCACCAUGAUCAACAUCUUCAUUUUCGCCAAUACGAACACCAAGAUAGCCUCGAUCAUCUACCUGAUGGCGGUGACCCUGCAGACGGCUCCUUGCUGCUACCAGGCCACCUCGCUGAUGCUGGACAACGAGAAGCUGGCCCUGGCCAUCUUCCAGUGCCAGUGGCUGGGCCAGAGCGCCCGGUUCCGCAAGAUGCUCCUCUACUACCUCCAUCGCGCCCAGCAGCCCAUCAAGCUGACGGCCAUGAAGCUGUUCCCCAUCAACCUGGCCACCUACUUCAGUAUAGCCAAGUUCUCAUUUUCGCUCUAUACGCUCAUCAAGGGGAUGAAUCUCGGCGAGCGAUUCAACAAAACAAAUUGAAGACCAUUAUCUUCGAGAGCACUGGGAAAGAUAUGUGAUCGAAUUAGAUUCAAUUUUAAUAUUGCAUAUUCUGCAACGGAUAAUCAGUGCAGGGUAGUCGAAAAUGUUAUUUUACUCACGAUAUCCUUGACCCCUAAAUUUAAAAACAAACUGUGCCAACAAAAUGGGACCUGCUUUCAAUUUUUUAGCUAUACGAAAACUUUUACCCCAGUGCAUCACUCUUUGAGCCUUAACAGAUUCUGAAUUACAAGUGAAAUCGAUAAUGAUCGCUAAUCGGGCAGAACAGAAGCUUGCUAACCACUGGAUCUUAUUGCCGCACCUUCCAUUCCGAGAUCCACAACCCUUGCCCACGUUUAUUUAUCCCAAGGCGAAGCACCUGCCAGGAGACCAGGUGCCUCUCCUCACCUCCAUCGCCAUCCCAGAACCACUCCUCCAACUCCACCUGGCCACCGAUUUCUGGCCCAAUUCGCAGUGGUGCCACACUUUGUAGUGCUUUACCGUUGACCGGAUCACUCAGAGAAAAGUAUUU